ACCAACCAGUACUCCCUCCAGUUUUCCCAAAGCGUUUGCUUCUCGAGAAAACAUGAAGGAACCCAAAGGAAAACAAGAGAAGAAUACGAAAAUGGCACCAAACGUAGGAGCCAGAAGCAUCGAAAGCUUACCAGACUCCAUUCUUCUUCACAUUCUCUCUUUCCUGGAGAUGAAAUACGUCGUGAGAGUUUGUGUUGUAUCGAAACGAUGGAAGGAUUUUUGGUCCUCUGUCCCCAAUCUCAUUUUCUCUCUCUCUGAAUCCGAUCUAAUAUUGGAAGAUCGUUUCGAAAAAUUCAUGGAUUUCUUCGAGAGAAUACUCCUCCUUCACGAUUCGUCAACGAUUCAAAAGUUUAGCCUCAGAUGUGCACGAGCGAGGUUUCCUCACGAUUUCAACCGCCUCAAUCCAUGGAUAUGUGCUGUAAGUAAACGUAAUGUCGAACAGCUUGAUCUCUAUAUUUUUUCGCCGGACUUUGGGUUUCCUAAUUUGCCUUCAGUGCUCUUUACCUGCAAGACGCUUGUCGAAUUACGCCUCCAUGAUAAUCAUGUUAUAGAUUUUCCGAGAUGUACUUAUUUGCCAAAUCUCAAGACUCUCGAAAUUUCUGUUGUUGAUCCAGGAGAUAACCUAAAUCGGAGGUUUUUUUCUGGUUGUCCCGUGCUAGAGAGUUUGAGUAUAAUCGCUUACAUAAGCGAUCAUAUGAAAGUAUCGAUUGAUAUUUAUGCUCCUACAUUGAAAAACUUGAAGACUUUUUUGGGUGUGGAUGGGAGGGAUGGUUUUGCCGGCCGCGAUGUUAAGGUUAUAAUAGAUGCACAAAUUCUUGAGUACCUUUCGAUUGAAGAUAAUUGUGUAGCUGGGUAUUUGAUAAAGAAUCAAUCCUCAUCCCUAGUUAGAGCAGACAUUAAUGUUGGGUUAGACGAUUUGUGGGAGGAUAUGGAAGAUGAUGCCGCAUGGCGUGCACUAAAGCUUUUUAAACGAAUAUCUCAUGUUAAGCAUCUGGGGUUACAUGGUGUAACUACUAGGGGUCUUGGUUGCAUUUAUGGUAAUGCUCGGGUUACAUUCUGCAAUGUGACUCAUUCAUACUUGUGCGUUCCUGAUUUGCCAAAGCUGCGAGAAGCACUUCAAAGCAUGCCUAACCUUGAAUAUUUGGCCAUCUAUGUUGAGAUUCUACAUGUCAAAGAUGAUGAUUUGGAAGCAGAUAUUGUUGAUUUGAGUGAAGAAGAUAAUGAAUUCAAUGAUGUGUUCAGUUCGACGCAGGCACAUGUAGUACCUAGUUGUUUGCUAUCACACUUGAGAGUAAUUAAAGUAGCUAUACUGGAGGGAACGAACGAUGUGCUGCAGCUGGUAAAGUAUUUGCUGAAAAACUCCGAAGCAUUGAGUAAGAUGACAAUUUGCCUUUUGAGUUCUCUUUCUGGUGAAGAGGUAAAAAAAAUUAAGAGAAUACUGAGAUUCCCUAGGGGUGGGUUCAAAGACAUGUCAAAUAAAAAUAUCCAAAUAUAUGCCAGGUUUGUAUGGAGUGCCACUUUGAAUUAAGUUAUGAAUACGUGUUAGUCGAUGCGUGGAAGAAUAUCUAGGUGGUUUUCUUUGUCUACUUGCUCUCAUAAAUAUAACUGUUUAUUUUGGGAUUGGUUUGUCAUAAUCCAUCUGUUUUCUCAAGUACAGUGAAAGUAGAAGAUACACACAGUUAUGGUUGCCCUG